AUGCAACAACUGGGACAUCACUGCUGCAGUAAACAGAAAGUUAAGACAGGUCUUUGGUCUCCUGAAGAAGAUGAAAAACUCAUCAAAUGCAUAGCUACUCAUGGUCAUGGUUGUUGGAGUUCUGUUCCCAAACUUGCAGGGCUUGAGAGGUGUGGAAAGAGUUGUAGAUUAAGAUGGAUUAAUUACUUGAGACCAGACCUAAAAAGAGGUUCAUUUUCUGCUCAAGAAGAAAGAAUCAUCAUUGAUGUUCAUAGGAUUCUUGGAAACAGAUGGGCUCAAAUAGCUAACCAUCUACCAGGAAGAACAGACAAUGAAGUGAAGAAUUUUUGGAAUUCAUGCAUUAAGAAAAAACUAAUGGCUCAAGGAUUAGGUCCAAAAACUCACAAUCUCAUCUCUUCCUCUACUUCUGGUUCUGCUUCUUCUUACAACAAUGCAUGCAACAAUAACAAUAACCAUCACAUAUAUUUACAACAACCUACCUCAUCAUUUUACCAUUCUCAUCAACAUCAUCAUCAAUUAAAUUCACCACAAAAAAUGAUGGUGAUAGUCAACCAGCUAUCAAUGAAGUACACUCAAGAAGUACCUGCCACUUUUAAUGUAACGUCGGCUUUACCUGUGCAACAACCUCGUCCUUACCGCCCUCUGUGUGAUCUUGUUUCCAUCCCUUCAACCAACUUUGACUACUACCAAAAUAAUAAUCUUACUAAUGGUAGUAACAUUAAGUAUCCUUCUGUUACUGGUUCUUUAAAUUUAGAGAGUUGCUUUUCAUUAAUGAACAACGACAGUAUUGGUCAUAAAUCCAUUUCUUGUUCUUCGUUGGUAGAUCCAUCGUCGGGUACUGGGUUUGAACAGUUUUCAUCAUCGGAAGAUAAUUGCAUAUGGGCAAGUAGUGGUACGGCUGAAUCCUAUGAAGAAGCAGCAGUAACAUUGCAGCCAACACAACACCUACCAGAUUGUGAAGAACAAGAUGAACAAAAUUAUCGAAAACAAGGACAAGUGCAAGAGAAUGUUAAUGUGUUAGCGCUUGAAGAACAUCCGUUCGAAAUCGACGAAUCCGAUGAAGUAAUGAUAAAAGAUAUUAGCGCAAGCGAUACCGACAAAAGGGAUCAGAUUAAUUCAUUAUCAUCAUUUAAUAAUACUAACUUCUCGAAUUUUGAGUUUGAGUUCAUGGAUUCUAUGUCAUGUGGCAUAUAUAGCAAUAUGAUGUCAUCCAUGGAUGACCAACUUAUUGCAUGGGAUUGUUAA